GGUUGUUCAUCGUUCGUCGUUUUGCAAAAUACCUAGGCGAUUCUUGUAACUUCUAAAGAUGAGUUUAAAUUUUGGAGAAAUUGUCGAACCAUCUACCCGGGCCUUCUGGGACGAUUAUGAUGAGGAAGUGGCCGACGAGGAAACAACUCUCGCCAGGUUGGAAUGGAUCUGGUACAACGACCAGGAUGAAUCGAACGAAGAGCAGGAGAUGCAGAAAACACUCCAGGAACCGUUCCAGUUCGUAAUCAUCGAGGGCCAAAAAGUCGGUAGCUUCGUCGGAAAGAUUCUCCUAAAUGGACAGUGCAAACCCAUUUGUCAGCUAUCAUGCGGCACGGUUAGCGUGUUUCAUCUGAGCACAGAAAAACUGUUGCUGUGCGUAUCGGAAGAGUUGGACCCGAAUUUGUUCGGACAGAUCACACAACGGUUAUCUCGCUGGUUGGAUGCGGCCGAAACCGUUUCCACUGUUUCGCUACAACCUGCCGUCUUGUACAAGGGACUUACCGAGCACGAGCAGGAUAAGGUUUGCUUUAUCAAAGCGUUAAACGGAAACCGAAUACAAGGCGACAUCGGUCUGCUUGAAGCGCCAAACGUAAUCACCGGUGUGGCGGCUGGUGUAGCUAGCUACUGUAAGUUCGGUGGCAAAGAUGUUGCCGUUUACGGUUGCUAUUUGGACUCGGUCAUAUUGGAUUCGGUGUCAUCGGAACCGAUACUGCGGCUGUUAAAGGCUCUUCGCGUGCCAUGUGCAGAUCGUUACGAGCUGAAAUUCAAAACGAGUUCAAAUCUUUACCUAUAAAAUCUAUGAUGUAUGGUGAUUGGGUGGACAAAAUUUAUAUUAACAAUAAAUGGAAUAAAACAUUA